ACUCCACUUUAACGAUGGGGAACACAGCAGAAUUGGAGAGACAAGUUAACAAGCUGAGGGUGGGGUGUGAGCUCAACAAACAGGAGGCAGAUAGAGUGAAGGUUGAGCUAGCUGCAGCUCAGCGCAAGAUGACUGAUGAACUUAAAAAACACAAGGACACCAUCGACGCUAAGGAUAUUGAGCUCAGGAAUUGGUACGAUGAAAAAGAAAAGGCUGUGAAGAUGAUAUCAAACAAGAAAGAAAAAGAAAUAUCAGCUCUAGAAAAACUUCUUGAAGAUAAAGAUAUGCUCAUCAAGAAUUUGGAGCAGAAUACUGUCGCUACGGUCGCUGUGGAUUGCCUGAGCCCGGCGAUGGGCUCAGAGGAGUAUAUACGGUUGAGCGAGGAGAGCAAGAGGAAGUUGACAGAGAUGGCAGACAUGGUUAUACAGAUGGAAACUGACCGGGAUGAGACCCGGGCGGAGUUUGAGAAAUUCAAAUCUCAGAUAGACGAAGCGAUAUCAGAGAAAGAAACCAAGUUUGCGGAGCUGCGAGCGGAGCUGGCGAGCACAGAAAAACGAAACAAGGAACAGCAAGAAACUGUCUCCACCGCUCUGGCACGAAGCAUUGAACUGGAACAAAACGUGUCUGAGUUGAAAAGGGAGAUGGAAUGUAUGGAGACGAAGAGAAGCAAACAAGUGUCCGCUGAACUGGACGAGUCCUUGUUACAUUACAUACAGAUUCCCGUGAGAAGAAGCUCACGGUUGCAGGUUAAGGGAGGCAGAGAAUCAACUCAAUCCUCGAGAAGUUCCAAUAGGAUAUCAAACAAACCCUCAUCUCGAACAUCCGCUCUAAAUCAUUCCAGACGGUCGUCAGGUCAACGCAGGUCAGGAUCAAAUGUUGGUGGUAGCAGAACAAGCGGCAAAAGACCGGUUGUUAAGACAGCUUCUAGACGGACCUCUCAAGUGCUCAUCAAUAAAACUCUCAAUACCAACAGGUCGAAGAAGAGUCGCAUUCAGCCCAUAGAGGAGUCACCAUCGUCCGAUAACUUUGCUACUCCAGGAUCCGUCGGUGUGAAGAGAAAAGCUACUUUAAAAGGAUUGAAAGAUUUGCUUACUGGUUCAUCGCCCAGACAAUCCAAGCGAGGAAAAGCUGCUCCUAUCUCCGUAUCAGAAAGUGACAGCGACUUCGCAACGCCUUCACAACCUGAGCCAAAAAGAGGCAAACGAAAGCUCCACAAAUCUCAGAUCAGUACACCGGAGCUGAUCCCUCCGCCGGAGCGGCCUGGACUAAGGGACGUCGUCCCGGACACACCGGACACCGAUACUAAGAUCACUCGCUCCCGGACCAAGCUCAUUCAGGAGCACCUCAGCGGGAAGAAUCUUAGGAAAACAAGAAGUAGGGCAACCAGGAUAUAAAGACAUAAGAAAUAAGAGGGUUGUUACAUAAACUGUCCCAGAUAGAAAGUGCUAGGUUGGAAUAUCAUGCCAUGAUCGAACAAUGUUUUCAGUUUUAGUGAAUUUGAUUUAAGCCAAUAAUUAUCGUGAGUGUCGUAGAUUCCUAACAGGCCCAUUUGAAGCUUCAGAAUGAUAUUGAUUCUUAGAUUAGCGCAUGCGUUUAUCAAUUUCACAUAAUAUUAAUAUUAGUAAAACCUAGUCACUCUACAUAGUAUUUUUGACUAUUUUUGUUUAAUCUUUCUGGAUUUCUAAAAUCAGCUAUAGACGGUAGACCGAUCAGAAAAUUGAACCGUAUGCCAACAAUCUUAACCUAUUAGAAGCUUAGAUUUUAGUGAAUUAAACUACAAUUUGUUUGUCCCUUGCAAACUUACCCUGCUAGUAGUGUAUGAUAUUCAGAUGACCUGUACUCAUAGCUUUGGUAAGAGUGAUUAAAGUAAGAUUAAAAUGGUGUAUUUUGUGACUGAAACAGUUUUUAAAUUUAUCUUACAUUAUAUUUGAUCUAACUUUUCCUCUUUAUUAUCCCCCUAAUGUUACUAUUUAUUGAUUGCAAAAUUUGUAUAGUUCAUUCAAAUGA